AUGACUCACUGGGAGAUCAAGCCUUGCAGCGUUGCUGACGCCCCUGCUCUAGCAUAUAAUAACAUGUCAGCCUUCUGGGGAGACCCGACAUGGAUUCUUUUAUGGCCCAAGGGGGUCACACUGGAGUUUCUAAUUGAGCAAUGUACAAAGCGCUACCCCAAUAUCCUACUGCGCACACGUCAGGAGGUCCGUCAUCAGAAGGCUGUUGAUCCUCUUACCGGCGAUCUUGUCGGAUAUGCCCGCUGGAUACUGCCUCCUACCCACCUUACGACAAAAGAUGGGAGCUCACAGUGGGUGGAUGCUCAAGUCCCGGAUGUUAGUGAUGAUGAGAAAAGAAAGUUCCAGCAGUUAGCAGAGCUUGCGUGGUGGAAUGGUAGAAGCGAUAUGCGUUCUAUCGAUGAUAUCAAUGAUGCGGUAAUGGACCGUAUACUCGCGCAAAGGCCGUAUAUCAAGCUCGAUUACCUGGCUGUUCACCCCAAAAAUAAAGGCAAGGGAAUUGCCACAGCACUUGUUGCUAGCGGCAUCAGAGCAGCUCAGUCCAUCGAUGUGCCCAUCGUUGCAAUGUCUUAUAAGGCAGGACGUGGGGUGUAUACGCAUCUAGGGUUUGAGGAGGUUGAUCGGGUGAUUCAGGAUGACUCGCAAUAUGGUGGUGCUGGUGAAUAUGGGGCUUACUUCAUGAUAUAUGGUGCCAAUAUCUGA